AUGGCCGAACCCACUUACACCGGCGUCCGUAAACGCAAAUGGGGCAAAUGGGUCUCCGAAAUCCGCCAACCCGGCAAAAAAACCCGCAUCUGGCUCGGCAGCUACCACCUUCCCCAAAUGGCCGCCGCCGCCUACGACGUCGCCGCUCUCCACCUCCGCGGCCCCAACGCCCGUCUCAACUUCCCCAACCUCAUCGACUCCUUCCCCCGCCCCGCCACCUCCUCUCCCGACGACAUUCAAGCCGCUGCCCACAUGGCUGCAUUGCGCCUCGCUAACACCAAGCCGCCGCCUGCUGCUCAACACCCACCGGCGCCGGUUCGAAUCGGGCUGUCUCCGAGCCAAAUUCAGGCCAUUAAUGAGUCGCCGUUGGAUUCUCCGACGAUGUGGAUGCAGAUGGCGGCGGAGGCGCUUUGUUUAGAGGAUUAUUUGUGCGAUGGAUUUGAUGUGGAAGAUAAUUCCAUUUGGGAUUAUUCUUCACUCUAA